AUGUCGGCCGUGCUCACUGUAGAAGCUAUUCUGUUUGGGAUGCUCGUCUUUUGCGGCAUCCUGGGGAACGUCUUGGUCAUCUUUGUGGUAGUCCAGGCCGCUACUGAGACUCCAUCUCGGAGGCUUCCACCCUCAGACACAAUACUGGUGCAUCUGUCGCUGGCCAACCUCCUCACCUCACUUUUCCGCACCGUGCCCAUUUUUGUCUCAGACUUGGGCUUGGCUGUGAGUCUCUCUCCAGGUUGGUGUCGAGUCUUCAUGCUGCUGUGGGUGUGGUGGCGAGCUGUGGGCUGCUGGGUGACUUUGGCGCUCAGCAUUUUCCACUGCGCCACCCUAAAGAGACAGCGCGUGACCUUCGGACCUUUGGCCCUGCAGCGGGAGAGACGGCGCGUUUGGAUAAUCCUCGGAGUAGUUUGGGUAGCCAACCUGGCUUUUUCUACCCCUGCGCUGGUCUACAGCACUCACGUUCACAGCAAUACCACCGUGGAGCUGAUGGUGAUCAGCUGUACCACCAGGCCCCUGCUGGGCUGCAUAUGGGAGUUCCCUUCCAACCAGCAGGGAGCGGCAUUUGCCUCUAUUUCACUGGCUUUCAAUGAAGUGUUGCCACUCGUGCUGAUGGUGAGCACCAACUUGGCCACGCUUCACUCUCUGGCCAAGCACAUCAGGGCCGUGACUGCGGGGGGAGAACACGGGGAGUUGGACAAACAUGUGUCAGGCGAGCGCAAGGCGGCUCAUGUCAUCAUGUUGAUGGUGACGCUCUUCGUGGUGUGCUGGGUGCUGCAGGUUGCCGCCGUGACCUACUACAACCACAACAGAGGCCAUCACGCUGAAGGCCUGCUGACUGUGGCUCAUUUCUCUGCCUCGCUGUUUGUGGGCUUCUGUCCAAUGGUGGUGGCCCUGGGGCACGGCAAGUUGAGGAGGAGAAUUGUGGGCAUGAUACCGGGCUGCAUGAAAGCUUUCAAACGGCACCGUGCACAAAACGAAGGCGGGGCUAAAGGAACAAGGGAAAAACAAAUCAUCUUUGUUGUUCAAAACGAAAAGAAAAACAUUCAUGGCAGAAAGUGUUAG